AUGGGGGACGACGCUCCUCAAUCGCCUAGCGAUGGCACCACCGGAGGCCUUUCCGGCGACACCAACGUCCCUCCGCCAGUCGUCACUGACGUCCACACCGAUACCCAUCACCAAGCUGCCCCAGCUCACCACAGAGAAAAAGAGGAGCUCUUGCCCCGCGUUAAGGCAUUGACUCCUCGACCGACCUUCAUGGAGAACCUCGCCAACUCCCGUGAUAGACAGUUCAAGCUCAGUCGACAGGAUUCGAGUGAGCUGGAACGGUACUUUCACGGACCUCGCGACAUGGAUAAGCACUCUAAAUGGCCCAUUUUCAUGCGUUUGCAUGGAAGUGUCAUGCCUAAAAUGAUUCUGCCCAUGUUACUGGUUGCUAUCUGGUCGACCAUAAUCACCUGUAUUUCGAAGUUUGUGCAUAACCUCGGUAUCAACGACAUCCUUCUCACUGUGCUGGGUUUCGUGGUGGGUUUGGCUUUGUCGUUCCGCAGUUCGACUGCCUAUGAACGGUGGGCCGAUGGUCGUAAAUACUGGUCCCAACUCAUCCAGGUAUCUCGCAACCUUGCCCGUACUAUCUGGAUCAAUACCGGUGAACGCGAAGGAGAGUUGGGAAAGAAGGAUCUUUUGCGCAAGCUUUCCGCCAUGAACCUUCUCCUCGCUUUCGCCAUUUCCCUCAAGCACAAGCUCCGCUUCGAGCCUGAUGUUGCUUACGAGGAUCUUGCUGGUCUGGUCGGAUACCUGGAUACAUUUGCCCGCGAGGCGCAUGACCACAACGUUGUUUCGCCUCCCCCGAAAUCCACCUUGAAGGCCGCGGGCGAGUAUCUGGGUGUUUCGUGGGCUGAGUCGAACCCUCGCAAGCUUAUCAAGCGAGCUAAGAAGCCGCUCGGUCACUUGCCGUUGGAGAUUUUGCACCAUUUGUCGGCUUAUGUUGAUACUAUCGUUGAGAAUGGAACGCUUAAGUCUGCUUUGCACCAGGGACAAGCUAUUACCAUGGUGGCGAGUCUAAAUGAGGUUCUUACUGGUACUGAGCGGGUGCUGGACACCCCUCUGCCCUCUGCAUACUCUAUUGCUAUUUCGCAGAUCUCUUGGAUCUAUGUUCUGGUUCUUCCGUUCCAGCUGUACAACUUCCUGAAUUGGAUUACCAUCCCUGCUUCCAUUGUGGCCGCGUACAUUAUCAUCGGUCUCGCUACUAUCGGCAGUGAAAUCGAGAACCCCUUCGGCCAGGAUGUCAACGAUCUCCCACUCGACACAUACUGUCGCCAGAUUGCCCUGGAACUUGAUAUCAUCACUGCCAUGCCCCCACCCAAUGUCGAUGACUUCAUGGAGCGUGAUGAUAACCUUGUCAUGUUCCCCUUGAGUCCUCGCGGCAUCACUGAGUGGCAAGAGCGGAGCGUUGAGGAUAUUCGUGCUGCCUUGGCUGCCAAGGUGGUUGCGAAUGUGAACCAAACGCCCGCUAACUCAGAUGAUGACUCUACCGUUGUUGGGGCUGGAUCCUCGAUUGGGAAGCAAUCUGUCUAA